GAUAGGGCGGCCAGGACAAGAUGGCGGUCAACAGGGCGACUGUCCUCAAAAACCUGAACGAAGCGAUCAAAGUGUCACCUCUCAAGAUAACUGACGAGAAAAAGAAAGCACAGAUUGAUGAGAAGCUGAAAGGGAUCCACAUAGACGGGCCUACAGUGCUGAGGAUUGGGGAGGUGUUCCUGAAGGAGCUGGAGUUGGGCAUCCGGGACAAGCCUUCCUCUCUCCUCAUGGAGAACACCUACAUCCCGGAGUUACCCGACGGCACAGAGGAAGGUCAGUUCCUAGCCCUAGACCUGGGAGGUACCAACUUCAGGGUGCUUCACCUGGUACUUCACAAGGGCCGUAUAGUCAAGGAGCAGUCCAAGCACUAUCACAUUGAUGAUGAACUCAGGCUAGGCUGUGGACUCAAGCUGUUUGACUUCAUUGCUGAAUGCAUCUCCUCGUUUGUUCACGAACACAACCUUGCUGAUCAAACACUGCCCUUAGGUUUCACAUUUUCGUUCCCUAUGCACCAGAGGAGUCUCUCAUCAGGGAUACUGGUCACUUGGACCAAGAGCUUCACAACCUCUGGUGUGGAGGGGGAGGACACAGUGAGACUGCUUAGAGAAGCUAUGCAGAGGAGAGGAGACAACCAUGUAGAGGUGGUGGCUAUACUGAACGACACUACUGGCACACUGCUGCAAGGAGCUUUGCUGGAUCACCGCACCACCAUCGGUCUCAUCAUCGGCACUGGCAGCAACGCGUGUUACUUGGAGAGAGCGGACAGAGUGCAGCAUUGGGAGACUGAGCGCCAUGGCGAGAGAGAGAUCAUAAUUGACACAGAGUGGGGAGCGUUUGGAGACAAUGGAACAAUAGACUUCAUCAAGACUGACUACGACAGACAAGUUGACAACAACUCAUUAAUUAAAAACUCAUUUACGUUUGAAAAAUACAUUUCCGGAAAAUACAUGGGUGAAAUUGUCAGAGUUAUAUUAUUGGACUUUGCUAAAUCUAAUUUAAUUUUCAAUGGAGAACUUAGCAAAAAACUUCAAGAUCCUAACUCAUUCACCACAGCAAAUGUUUCCAGCAUUGAAGAAGACUGCAUAAACAAUGUGACGUUAAAAACUGAAGAAAUCCUUAAAAGUUACGGCCAGAAGUACACACAAGAGGAUAUUGUAGUAUUAAAGUACAUCUGCGAGAUUGUCUCCCUGAGGGCUGCCCUACUUGUCUCUAUAUGCUGUGCAGAGCUACUGAAGCACAUGAACAGGCCAGACUCUACUGUGGCGGUGGACGGAAGCCUCUACAAACAUCACCCUCGGAUGAAACAGUGGAUGAACACAUUCAUCCCCAUCCUGGCCCCCCUUCAGAAGUGUCGUCUUCUCCUGGCCCUAGACGGCAGUGGCAAAGGCGCUGGAUUGGCAGCAGCCAUCGCCAUGAAGCUCAAGUCAAGAAGUAACGGGGUUUCAUGAAACAUGAUCUGACACAUCAGGACUGUUAAUACAUUUCAUCCUACAGCAACAAAACCUUCAGGAAUGCUAAGUUAGAAACAAUAUUUUAGGUUCAUUAAUUUAAACUAGUCCGAUAAAAAAUUUGUAGUUAAGGUAUAACUUAAUUUUUAACAGAGUAAAUAUUGUAUAUGUAUUUUAACCCUUUAAGCCCCUAAGACAGAUGCAUUGGACAUUAAGAUUAACAUAAUAAAAGAUGAACUAACAGCUAUUUGUGUCAACAUAACUCACCAGAAAUGUCUGAAAGCUGUGCACAACAGUAGGGCAUUGUCUCCCCGGCCAAAAGGUAGCACUGAAGUUCAUCGGUGCAAAUUCUGUCUUCGGUCAGGUUUAGUAUGAGAAGUUCACAUGUCUGUGCCACAGCUGGGUAUCUGGUAUACACCUAAAUAAAACAAUUGAUAGCUGAAUGUAAGGAGAUGGGAUGGGUAUAUUAUCUGUGGAUUCUUUGUAAUUACUGUCCCGAUCAGACGUUUUACUUUGUACCAAAUACUUGUUUUUUUAGAAUUUGUGUUUUUGUGUUCAUAAGAUGAGGAAAAACAAGAUAAAAUUUGGCUUAUAGAAAACAAUGAAUAAGCCCUGGGUUUCAAAAGGUGAAAUAUCACUUAAAAAUUCAAUCCAAAUCUCAUGUGUGGUUAUUAGAGAAUUUCCCAUAUAGGGAAUAAGCUAUGGCCGUAGGUUAUGGCGGGUGCUCAUGGUAAGACCUGGACCCGGAACCGAUUUACUUAAAAACACCAUCUGUUCAAAUUCAUAUAUAAAAUAAAAAUAUAUGUAUCCUUUAGCACCAAGCAUGAUAACAUGAACAAAAAUCUUCCGAUUUUGAUGGAGAUACAACUGUAUAAACAGACGUUUGUUCGAACGAGUUUUCAGAGAUCAUGGGAAUGGUUUUAUUGGGUAAAAAUUUGGUUUUCUUAUUUUUGACCCUCAAAACUUUAAAUUUCUCAAUUUCUCUCAAAACCAUUUUGUAAAGCUUAAAAAAAAAUUUAGUACCAUGAAGUGUUUUUGGACAGAUAUUGGUUACGGAGAAAAUUCAAAAAACUUGGCAAUUUUAUGUAUUAUUUUAUACUAAGCUAUUAUUAUUUUACUACAAAUAACAUACCACCCUCCCUGUAGCAGCAAACCUAAGUACUCGUUAAAACUAAUGUCGUUUAAUUAGAUUUAACUUAAAAUCAAAUCAGGCAAAUGAACAUUUGCUUAGUGUGGAGGUUUGUUGCAGUGGGUGUGCGUCCCCAUCUCAAUGAUUGAUAAUUGACAAUUGAUUUUUGAUUUAUUAUAAUAAACAUGAUUAAUUUACAUCUUUGUAAAUAUUUCAAGCAUUCUUUAUUUUUGAAACACAGAUAAUGAUAGUUAUCAAAAUCAUAAACACAGAUCAAUGUUAAAGGAUUACAAAUAGUUUAUAUAAACUUCUAAACAAAAACUCUUGAUUUUUUUAAAUAUACAUUUUUUUUGUGGGAAAGUUAACCGAAGAUGAUAUUAGUAGUCAUUAGAUUAUCUUGUAAAUAUUAUAUCUGUUAAACCAUGUACAGUUUUAUGUUGGGAAGUAUAUAUAUUUAGGUAUAUAUUUGUUAUAUUUGCUAGGCAAAAUGUUGUUGACUUUUGUAAGAAUAUUUCAGAGAAAAUCUUAAGGAUAUGACAUAAUGGUAGUUUAUUUUAAUAAAGGACUAAAUAGUCAGUAAAUGAAAGUUAGAGCUGUAUUUUAGGAUAAUGUGCCAUUAGUAAUCUGUGAUCAUCAGAAACCUUUUUUUUUUGUACGGUAACUAUUAUGAGUUAAAUUAGUCUGAAAACAGCUAGCAACGUUUUCUAUAUUUGUUUUAUUUUUGUAUUAUAGAAAUGUUCAAGUCUUUUAAAAAUGUGAUUUUUAAAGAAUAACUUGAGAGUUUCAUCAACUUUGUUAAUAAGGUAAGAAGACAAACUUUUUACAUGCACUAUAUUAUAGUUUUUGAAUCCGAAUGAAGAACUUGAUAUUGUUAAGGUUUGCUAAUGUCAUUCCAAUUUUUGUUUUAUUAUUUGUUACUUGGUUUCACCUGUUAUUGUAUAUUUUAUUGUGUAUAAUAUUUUGUUUGAUAUUUAAAUUUUUUAAAUAUAAAAGAAUAGUUAUUAUUGUAGAUGAUUGAUUGAAAUAAAUAUAUGUGACAUGAA